AUGUUGACAUCAUUCUAUUGCCCUUAUAAUAAGUGACUCUUUCAACCAAAACCUGAACGUACAGCAACAACAAUAUGUACACAUUGUGUUCAGUUAUGUACUCUUCAUGAUAGGAAAUGUAUUUCUUAUAUCUGUGAGACAAUGAAGGAGAUAAUGCUUGUGUUCGGAGUUCUUUACUUUAUGCCCAGCGAUGGUAGUGUCCGUAUUCCAAGAAAUCCCUACUCAUCUUGGUUUAAAUAUUGCAUAGGUAAAUCUCCAUCUCGACACAGUCAUGAUUGGUGCCUACCUCGGCAUAUGAGUCAACCAUAUUAUAUACAUCCAGUUUGCAAUCCAGGAAUGUAUGGACCGUUUUGCCAACUAAAAUGCAGUACUCACUGCUACGGUCAAACUUGCACCAAGUACUCGGGUCAAUGUGACAAAGGAUGUAUGGGCUAUGAUAAUCCACCCCAUUGUUCAAAAAAGUGCCGAAAAGAUUUCUGGGGAAAAAAUUGUGAAUCUAGAUGCUCUACAAAUUGUUUAGACGGAGUGUGUCAUCACGUGACGGGCACAUGUGUAAACGGAUGUAGCGGUUUUUUAGAUCCACCAAAAUGUGUAACACCUUGUCUUGCUGGAACCUGGGGUGAAAACUGUGAAAUUAAAUGCUCAGAAGAUUGUCACAACAGAUCAUGUGAUCCAAGAAUUGGACAAUGUGACAAAGGAUGUAAUGGGUUCAGUGAUCCACCAGAAUGUUCCACUGUUUGCGUUGAAGGAACCUGGGGACAUAACUGUCGAUGGAACUGCUCGAAUAAGUGUUACGGUGGAUUAUGUGACAGUGUUAGUGGAGAGUGUGACAAUGGAUGCGACGGAUUCAGUAAUCCACCAUAUUGUGAUAAAGUUUGUGGCAAUGGAACCUGGGGAUAUGAUUGUCAGUGGAACUGCUCAGAGAAUUGUUAUGGUGGAUCAUGUGACAGUGUCAGUGGAGCGUGUUUGGAUGGAUGCGAAGGUCUCAGUAAUCCACCAGAUUGCGAUUUAGAGUGCGACAAUGGAACCUGGGGAUUGAAUUGUCAGCAGAACUGCUCAGAGAAUUGUUUUGGUAGAUCAUGUGACAGUAAGAGUGGACAAUGUAGCGUUGGUUGUCAAGGUUUUAGAAAUCCACCGGACUGUGAUAUUGUUUGUGACAAUGGAACCUGGGGAUUCAAUUGUCAGUGGAAUUGCUCGGAGAAUUGUUUUGGUGGAACAUGUGACAGUGUCAGUGGAGCGUGUUUGCAUGGAUGCGAAGGUUUCGCUAAUCCACCAUAUUGUGAUUUAGAGUGCGACAAUGGAACCUGGGGAUUGAAUUGUCAGCAGAACUGCUCAGAGAAUUGUUUUGGUAGAUCAUGUGACAGUAAGAGUGGACAAUGUAGCGUUGGUUGUCAAGGUUUUAGAAAUCCACCGGACUGUGAUAUUGUUUGUGACAAAGGAACUUGGGGCCUCAAUUGUCAGCAAAAUUGCUCAGAAUCAUGUUUUGGUGGAUCCUGUGACAGUGUGAGUGGAGAGUGUGACAACGGAUGUGUUGGUUUCAGUAAUCCACCAGACUGUAAUGCAGAAUGUGACGAAGGAACUUGGGGACGAAACUGUCAGCGGACAUGCUCAAAGAAUUGUUUUGAUAAAUCCUGUGACAGUGUGAGUGGAAUGUGUGACAGUGGAUGCAAAGGUUUCAGUAAUCCUCCUGUUUGUAAUAAAGAUUGUAACAACGGAACCUGGGGACUGAAUUGUCAGUGGAACUGCUCAGAGAAAUGUUUUGGUGGAUCUUGUGACAGUGUCAGUGGAGAGUGUAACAACGGCUGCGAUGGUUUUAGUAACCCACCAGCUUGUGAUAAAGUUUGUGUCAACGGUACUUGGGGUCGAAAUUGUGACUUGACCUGCCCUAACUACUGUCUAAACAAUUCUUGUGAUAAAAACACAGGGCAGUGUGAAAUUCAGUGUCUCGACUGUAUUCCAGGUCCCAUAUUAAACGACUCAGUAGUACUAACACGAGAGGUGAAACAGGCCAGCGAACAGAAAUCGAAUACAUCAAUUAUUGCAGUCAGCGUUUUAGGAAUCGCUGCUGGAGCUAUUGUCUUAGUGGUAGUUGUAACGGUACUCAUAAAAAAGAUUCGAUUCCGAAGAUCGGAGAUGAUCGAUCCUCUAAAAUCUUUGUCGCAGCUGAAUCUAUACGAAGACGAGGAGAGCGUUAGAGAAGAGGGCGAUGAAUAUAAGCCAAUUAGGAGAUAUUAGCAGGUGCAAUAAUCCAGUUCAGUUUUCGAAGGGCUGACAACUCUUUCUUUUUUUAAAGAAUUAUAAAUGUAAUGCGAUGUAUGCCAUUUUUUAACAAAACUUAUAUCAACUCGCUGAAUCUGACCAUCUGUCUGUUUGUCCGUCUGUCUGUCCAGUAAAAAGUUUGAACAUGUGUUCCUUCCAAUUUGCCAGUCUCGGUCCAAGGUAAAGCUUUUCACAUUUAUUUACUGAAUCUGACAAGACAUAAAUCAAUAAAGGACAAAUUAAAAAUUCAUCAAUUGUAUGCUAGUGAUUGCUUAUUUUGUUUAAUUUCGUAAUAAGGAGGAUAAAUGUUACUUUAUCAUAUAUAUAUAUAUAUCUAAUAGAUAAAGUUGAAAGUAAGGCGUAUGUAUGUAUGUAUGUAUGUAUGUAUGUAUGUAUGUAUGUAUGUAUGUAUGUAUGUAUGUAUGCAUGCCCCGUAAAGAAAUCAAAAUCGUUCGACCGAUCUUGAUAAAACUUGGCAGAAAUGUUCCUUGGGUACUAACUUAGACAAUAGUGUAUGUAUUGUAGCCCUUAAACAAACUUAAGACCCUAAAAAAAAAAGUUGCCCAACUCUAUAAAAGUAUUGUAUCUUAUAAAUCUAGGUCAUGUUUACAUGCUGUGUCUAAAUGAUGAGGCAAGACCAAGAGGUCACGCAUGCCCAGCAGAGAUGAAAAUCUCUAGACCUAAAUUAGCUCUCAUUCAAGAAAACAUUAUUUUGUUAUUUUACACAUGAACAUACAAAUACGUGUCUAUUCAUUUCAUUAUUUGAUGCACAUUAACCUUCAAAUUUAAGUUUACAAAACAUUUUUUUUACAUAAAAUCCUUCGCUCUAAAUGUAAAUAGCUUUAAAAACGUCUUGACAUACUUUUCUGUAACUUUCGGCACCAUUAUAUCGCGUAGUGAUACAAAUGAGAUGAACGUCAGAGGUCAUAAUAUUGCCCAUUAUAAAGGCAUAUUAUGAAACCAAUAAUCUACUUGCAAAAUACAAUUUACUUUCAAAUUUGUUUUUUAAAGCAUUUAAGCCUACAGUUACGGUUUAAUUUUAAGUCUUUAAUUUCAAUUUACUUUUUUCUUUAAGAUUUACUUAUGCGCAUUUAGAACUCUUAGCAACUUAGCGACGAAAUGAUGAAUGAAACACGGCCAAUGUAUCUAGGUCAACACAUUACAUCUAGGUCGACACAAGCUCACAUCACAGUGUUUAUAGUCUUUUACUAUAAUAGACUCAAAGUUUUUAUUAAUUGACUAGACUACUGUGGCAUUCAAAUUGUUUAGAUUCUAAAUCUAGAGCAACAUAAAAUUAAACUAACAAUGCUAUAUAUACAAUUACAUUCACGCGUUCGAUAUGAUUAUAAAAUACUAGAUGAAUUGAUUUAUUUUUUAAAUGAAAAUCAUUAUGUUCACGUCAUUAUUGAUUAUUCAAACGGAAUAAAUGCAUGUUAUUUGUAGAAAGAAAAACCCGAUUAAAGCUAGUGUAUAUAUAUAUAUAUAUAUAUAUAUAUAUAUAUAUAUAUAUAUAUAUAUAUAUAUAUAUAUAUAUAUAUAUAUAUAUAUAUCCAAAACUUAACUAGUUAGUUAAUCAUUUAGCAAUAAUUAAAUGGUUAAUUAUUUUUGUUUUACAUAGCAGAAAUCAAGCUAAACCCUAUACUUUUCAGAUAAAUGGUAAUAAUUUGAGUUAGUUUCCCUAGAUAAGCUUUUGUUAAAAAAUGUCCUUUUUGUCUUUUGAUUGUUGUUUAUUCAAAAAUGAGACAUUGUUUUUAUUAGUAUAAAUUAACAUGUCGAUGAUUCGUAUCCUGUACCUCUAUGUAACUCUUUAUGUUAAUUUCUUCUUAUUUCAGUUACUAAGUUCAUUGUCACUUUUUAAAAAGCUUUGAGGUGUCAAUAAAUAGACAAUCAAC